UCGUAUCCGCUCGGAUUGAACGAGCACGACACGAUUACUCUAUCUAGUGUUGUCUCCAGAGCACUCUACGCGGUGAACCAGUCUCGUCUCGUGCCAAAUCUCGUGCGUCGUUCGACACCGGCGCAGGACACUUGAACAAACGCAUUCUCCAAUGCCAAUGACCUCGAUAAUAUCCUGAUUGAAGUUACAAAUUAGGAUACAAUAAAACUCGAGAGGAAACGUUUAAACAGUAGAGCCGACGUUCAUCGAAGAGAUUUUCUGGAUGCCGAAAUAUAAAAAAUCCAAAUAGAUGGUUCGGGAAAGUGUGUAAAAAUUCAGCGUAAAGGUACAAGCUGUCUUGGUGCCGAUUCGCAAAGGAGAGAAUGAUUGAAACGUACAUUUAUGGCGUGACACAGUGACGCGUGCCGAUUGAAGGUGGCGGCUGAUACUCGAUGAAUGCGGGUGAUGAUAGGUGUAUCGUUGUCGCGGUGUGUGAUCUAUCGCCAGCGCGUUUUCGCCAGCGCGUCCUCACGUCCACCGAUGUAAUAUAAAUUAAAUUAAAAAAAAAAAAAAAACACGCGAAACACAGAAUCAAAGCGAAAGAAAUUGCAAUGAAUCGCGCCGCGAAGUUCUACAAGCUGCUGGCGGUCCUCCUCUGCUACGAAGCCUGCAGCUACAGCUUGAUGCUGGAGGAGGAUAGAGAACCGAAUUAUCUUACUGCCGGAGUGGGAGAGUACGCAGUGUUUAACUGCGAUCUUGAUUUUCCACAUGAAACACCGAUUCCGUACGUUCUUCAAUGGAAUCGCGACAGCCGCACGGUAUUCUCUUGGUACGAUGGACACGUGACGGUGGACUACGGUUACAAAGGGCGCAUACACUUGUUAAACGACGCCGGUCAUCGUGGAUAUGGCCAGGGUAGUAUAAACCUCACGAAUAUUCGCGAAAGUGACCAAGGGUGGUACGAGUGCAGGGUGAUCUUCCCCAACAGAACGCCGAAUUCGAGAAACAAUGGCACGUGGUUCCACCUCGCAAUUGAUGGUGUGUCGCCGUUUCCGACGACUGUUGCAGGUGAUACUCUACUUGCGAUACCGCCUGUAAAUAAAACUGCCAUGCAAGGCGAAACGGUCACGUUCGACUGUGUCGCGAAGGGAGAAGGUACAAUUGUAACAUGGUUUCGUGAAGAAGUACCGAUCCCGGAAAUACAGGAUCUCAAAAGAAGGGCCUCAAUUGGUACUGAUGGAACGCUGACCAUAAAGUCAGCUGCCAUGGGUGAUCUUGGGGAGUACACUUGCGUGGUGACCGGAGAGACUGGAGAUCAGCAAAGCGCAUCAGCCUUUCUUAACGUACAAUAUAAGGCGAAGGUGAUCUACGCACCGCGGGAAGUCUAUCUUCCCUACGGGAAGCCAGCUCUCUUGGAUUGCCACUUCAGAGCGAAUCCGCCUCUCACGAAUCUCCGUUGGGAGAAGGAUGGAUUUCUCUUUGAUCCUUACAAUGUACAAGGAGUCUUCUAUAGGAGAAACGGAUCUCUUUAUUUUAGUAAAGUGGACGAGACGCAUUCGGGAAGUUACAGUUGCACUCCCUAUAAUGAACUAGGCACCGAAGGGCCCAGUCCUUCGAUUACCGUGAUAGUUCAAAGACCACCGAUUUUCACGGUGACACCGCAACAUCUGUACAUGCGAAAACUGGGCGAGAGCUUGGAAAUUCCUUGUGAUGCUAGAGACGGCGACGAUUCACAUCGGCCAACCAUAGUGUGGUACAAGGAUGGAGCGCCUUUAUCACCUGAAAGAACCAUUAUAAUCGGCGGCAAUCUGACGAUAGAAAGAAUCCAGGAACACGAUCGAGGAUUAUAUCAAUGUGCAGCUAGCAACGAGGCAGCGACGGUCGUCGCGGACACUGAAUUAAUGGUGCUGAAUGUACCACCCAGAGCACCAUACAACUUAAGCGCCAACAGCAGCAACAACGCUGUCACUUUAACUUGGGUACCUGGUUACGUAAGACCCAAGAUGGAAUAUUCAGUAUGGUACAGACCCACGGACACGUCGGAAUGGAGGACUAUGAAAAUUCUUUCGAGAAAAAUUACAGAAGCGACGGUCAACAAUCUCAACCCAGGACGGGAAUAUGAAUUUAUGAUACUGAGCCAGGACAAGCAUGGAGAUGGAAUGUUCAGCAAGACGCUUCGAAUAUUCACUCAGCCGAGUUCCAUCGACGAGAACUCGGCGUCGGAAUACCGUAGUCAUCAAGAGAUCGAGAUCAUGGGGCCGCCGCGCAACGUGAGAGUUCAAGCAACGGUUGAGGGUUACUUGGUCACUUGGGAAGCACCCGACUUAGGCAAGAAUCAAGUUAGACUUUACACUGUGAAAUGGUACAGAGGACCAUCCGAUCAUUUAUACGGCAGAGCAGAAACAACAGACACUUAUUAUCUAGUGAAAACUUUAGAGGAGGAGAGUUUCUAUACUUUCGAAGUAGCAGCGAUGUCAAUUACAGACGAUGUUGCAACAAGCGAGCGAGUCGGCUUGGAAGUACCUGCUUAUCGUCGUAACAGAGCGAUUUCCAUGGGAAUUGUUGCUGGUAUAGGUUUUUUAGCGGCUGCUCUGGCCGCCGUGUGGUGGGCGAGAAAACGGUUCUGCCAGCCGUCUAGCGAAAAGUAGCUGAGAAAACACGCAAAGAGCAUCUACACUCACAAACAGAAUAAUUAUUCGUGUAAAUUCAUAAUCGAUUAUAAAUAUUCAUGCUGCUCGCUAUUAUACAAUCAUCAGCGAAUGGCGGCAAGCCAGAUAAAAAUGUUACGUUUGACGUCACCCGUAAUGGAAAAAAACACAAUUUUAUCAAAUACAGAAUUUGUAUUUGGAGAUCUUCUCAGCUCUCGCUCAGGCAAAAAUCCAUAAAACAUUACAAAACAAUUUUUAGUACCAGUAAAAGCUGUUUAUUUGGGCGCAUUAAAUUUUUUUUUAUAUAAAAUACAAUUUUUAUUACUAUUAAAAAGAGCCUCAACUAAAUAGGUUUUGCUGAAGGCAUUACAUAAUUAUUUCAUAAUGCACAAAAUACAGAAGUAUUACACGUGGCAAUGAAGAGCAUAGAGGCUCUUGGAUCAAACUUGUUCCAAGCGAUCUAAUUUGUCGAGCUUCGCAUUACUACCGAAUGUUCUUGCAUUGCUAAUUAUAUCACUUUGUGUGUCGUUUAACAGCUUUAUUAAGUAAUUGCACGUUAUAAAUGGCUAGAUUUCAUGCGCGAGUCGCGGGUCGCCGACCGUCGGAUACAUGAAUUAAGAGGAAUUGUGUAUGCUUAUUACACGUAUUCUUUUUUUAUUGUAUAUAAAUUAUACCCAGAUUCACACAUACGUUUUUUUUCACACAUAUCCUUCAUUACUACUGAUUUUAUUCAAUGCAUCAUUGUUAUGUAUAUGCUUGUACAUCGCAAUAGUUGCAGUCAAUAAUAAAAAGAAGUGGGAAGCUAUA